UUUAGAAGAAUCUGGCAACCCGUGCCCCAUCUGUCAGACACAUUCUGUCAUUGGGCAGGACACAAAGAUUAUUUCAUGUUAAGUAGAUUAUUCUGCGUCCCGCCAUUAGUAAAGCUGCUAUUUAACGCCAGAAGGUAUGGGGUCUGGAGAGAGCACGACCAGAAAGGUGUCUUUCGGUGUUGACGAUGAGGACAGAGUCAGGAUUCUCCGUGGAGUCAAGCUGUCAGAAGAUGUUCUUCAGAGAAUGAGAGGAGUAGCCAACAUUGCUCCGGAACGCAAAUCUUCAUCAACCUCAAGCCCUCAGACAGACACAGGUGUCUCUCACAGUUCCAGUUCAGGCUCUCAACCUGAACAGAGCCCACAGCCCCAGCCUCAAUCCCACACGCAGUCCAGCAAACCAGCCUCCUACACGAAAGAUGAACAUAACAGGUCUGAACAACAGCAGACAAUACUAAAGGACAAACUGGCCAAGGUGGCACAAAGAGAGAGGGAGGAAGCAAGGCAGGAGAUAACUAAAGCCAUGAUCCGGGAAAGACAACGUGCACGGCAAGACGCUGAGAAAACCAAACAACUGUCUACAGAUGAGAUAGAAGUGAUGGUUCAGCGGCUCCAGAAGAAAGACUCGCAGCUGAAGGUGCUGGAUGCGUUCUACAAGGAGCAGCUGGAACAACUGGAGAAGAGGAAUUUGGAACAAUAUGAGCAGAGCAAAGAAAAAUUCCACCAAGCUGCCAACGUGAUGGAAACAAAUGUCGGGGCUCGCAACACUGAAGCAGUGUGUCCUGACCUGCAGGCUCAGAUUUUAUCCUGUUACAAGGAAAACAGAGACCAAACAUUAAGGUGUUCAGACCUGGCCAAAGAAUACAUGAAGUGUAUCAACGAUGCAAAGAAGAAUUUGCUGGUCAACCAUGGAUGAAGAGUGGGAGGAAAAGGGUAAAACUUUUAGACAAAGGCUUUUACAUAGGCACUAAGAGUGGCACUGCAUUCUUGUUUUGAUUUAUGACAGAGCUAAUUUUGCUGUUAGCAUGCCUUGUUUUAAAAAACAUACUUUUUAUCACGCUAUUUAUUUGCCAUUAAAAUAAUGCUGCACUGCUACAUGCUAAAGGUGCUAGAGUGAUUGUGUGCAUUAGGUUCAUGGUCUAUGUUGUGCUCAGCAUAUAGUAUUUCUAACAUUUGCAAAGUAAAGAUGAAUUCAGGGUUACUCCCCCAUCAGCUGAAUGUGAAAUUCAGUUUACGUCCAAGCUGCUGCUGCUGCUGCUGCUGCUUUCGAAGGGAUGAAAAGGAAGAAAGACGUUUCAGAAGCGAGCUGAAUCGGGUGCUUUGGGAUUGUCCUUGUUUUGAUCACUGACUGAAAAGAGAACUGACUCAGAGUUUCGUGGUUUUGUAUUUUCUGUUGAACAACACAGGAGAAUACUCAGUUUGUCCUGGCCAUGACUUAAAUUCAUCAAACCUGUGAUGUAUUACAUGGUUUUAUUAAACUGUUCAUAUCCUGUGA